AUGUCUAAUAAUCCUAAUAAUCGUUUUAUGAAUCAUCCUUCAGGAACAUAUUGGCGACAAGUUCCUAUACAGCCACCAGCACCAAGUGAUCCCCGAGUUGCAAACCAGUUUCAAAACAUUUUUUCUUCCCACGAGAGUGAUGAUAGUGAUAAUGAUACACCAAGACAUAAUGUAAUAUUUGAUAGUUCGACGAAUUCUCCUGAAAGCAGUACUCAAGAAGGUUCUCCAAGAACAACACCUGAACAAUCUUCCGCAAUGCGAAUGCGAAUGGUUUCACAUAUAGUUCCCCCUAGUAAUGAUGUGGAAGAAGUUCCAGUAACAACUCUUGAUGAAACGAAUAAUGAAAAUGAAAUGAAUGAUGAAAAUAUACCUCAGAGUACAGUACAAGAAGAUCAAUCAAAUGAACGUUUGAGAUUUUACUUGGCAGUUUUACGACAAAGAGUACGCGAAUUGGACUCUGACGCAUGGAUGUAUGUAAAAGUGAAUAAUGAAUUUUCAAAAUUCUAA